ACGAAGAAGAGGAAGAGGUGGAGGAAAAGUAGUAGAAACCGUUGGAAGAAUCUGAGUAGGGGGCGGAGGAGGAGGAAGAUGAAAUGCUGUCAACGGUGACCGAUAAAUAACAUGACAUUGGGGCGUGCGAAGUAACUCUUCGGACUGAUCCGGAAAUGCGUUUUCAUUUCAGGUGAUUGCUGCUCUGUCCUCUGUGAAGAACGAAGAUGGAUGCUGUGUCUGCAGACCUGCCUGGUUCCUCAGCUGCAGCCCCUGUCUUGGCUUCUGCCUCAAGCCCUGGGGACCCAGGCCUACCCGGGACUCACCUGGACAGUGAGGACUAUAUGUUUGUGGAAGCCAAGCAUUCCAGUAAAGUGUUGGAGGGGCUGAACAGCCUGCGCCUCAACAAGGCCUUCUGCGAUGUCACGCUGUGCUGCGGAGGUCAGGAGUUUCCCUGUCAUCGUAUCGUCUUGGCUUCCUUCAGCUCCUACUUUCAGGCCAUGUUCUCCACUGACCUAAUGGAGUCAAGACAGGAUCGCGUGGCCAUCAAUGGGGUGGAGCCACAGAUGAUUGGCAUGCUGGUGGACUACGCCUACACGGCCCAGGUGGUGAUCUCCCGGGCCAAUGUGCAGGCCCUGCUGGCAGCCGCCAACCUGCUGGACGUGCAGGCGGUGCGCGAGGCCUGCUGCAGCUUCAUGGAGCGCCAGAUGGACGAGGGGAACUGCGUGGGGAUCCACUGCUUCGCCGAGGCGCACUCCUGCAGCCAGCUGGAGAAGUGUAGUAUGGACUACAUCCUGCAGCACUUCAGCGCCGUGUGCCGGCAGGAGGAAUUCCUAUCCCUCUGUGCAGACAAGCUAACGGAAAUCAUCUCAAGCGACCACUUGAAUGUCCCGAAGGAGGAGACCGUGUUUGAGGCGGCCAUGUUGUGGCUGAACAAGUGUGCCACCCGCAAGACGAGCUUCGAAAAGGUGCUGGAGCACAUCAGGCUGCCUCUAAUGAGCCCCUAUUACCUCCAUGAUGCGGUGGAGUCGCUGCCAGUGGUCCGAGAGUCCCUGCGGUGUCAGAGGCUUAUCUCUGAGGCCAAAGACUACCUUCUGCUACAGGACCGUCGCGGAGAACUUUACAGCACGAGAGCCCGGCCUCGUCGCUCCACAGGGACGGCAGAGGUGAUAGUGACUGUCGGGGGCGAGGACGACAAGGUGGUCCUCCGCAGCGUUGAAAGCUACGACCCCGUCACCAACCAGUGGAAGAGUCUGGCUUGCCUCCCCUUCGCUGUCAGCAAGCAUGGCCUGGUGGCCUCAGGCUCCACACUCUACCUGGCAGGGGGCGAGUUCCCCGACGGCUCGGCCAGCAGGGAGAUGUGGCGCUACGACCCGUGUUUCGACUCCUGGCUGGAAAUGGCGCCCAUGAACGUGGCGCGCUCUGAGCUGGGUGAGGGGGCUGCAGCUUCAGCUCCUGCCGGCCCGGGAGUGGAUUCGGAUGUCGCCUCAAUCACCCGAGCUCAGCGCUCGUCUAUCCUUUGGCCUUGGCAGGAUUUAGACUUCUCUUUCUGUGUAGAUACUCGUGAUUCCAGGCAACAUGGUCUCCAUGGUGACACUCCCCCAUCCCUCUCACUCGCAGGCCUGGUCAUGCUGGACGGCUUUGUGUUUGCCAUUGGCGGCUGGGAGGGCCAGUCAAGGCUCGAUUCGGUGGAAUGUUAUGACCCCCAGACAAAUAGCUGGCAGUUCAUGGAGUCUGUCAAGAUGGCCGUGACCAGCCCGGCUGUGGUGGCCCUCGACGGGCUGCUCUAUGUCACAGGGGGUGCCAUCCUGGAGGAUGGUGACGGCACAGACCUGACGCAGGUGUACAACCCUAAAAUGUGCCUCUGGACCGAGGUAGCGCCUAUGCAGAUCGCCCGCUCCGGUUCGGCCGCCUGCACGCUGAAGGGCAAGAUCUACGUCAUCGGAGGGUGGCACGCGUCCACCGAAAACACAGACAAGGUAGAGUACUAUGAUCCUCAGAGUAACCGGUGGACCAUGUGUGCCCCGAUGAAGGAGAGGCGCUACCGUCCAGGCGUGGCAGCCGUGGAUGGCAAGAUCUACGUGCUGGGUGGCGAAGAGGGUUGGGACAGGUACCACGACACCAUUGAGCGAUACUGUGAGGAGACAGACACCUGGGAGAUCGUGGGCGAGAUGCCGACCAGCCGCAGCUGGCUGAGCUGCGCCUCGCUGCCUUUGAGGAAGGACGUGGGCGCUUCCCGCCCAGACACGGCCCCCGACGCCACAUUCUGUCUGGAAUAAGCGGCACUCGGGCUGCAGCCAGAGCUGACCUCAGAUCAGCGGUCCUUUCCGUGGAUCCUGCCCACGUGGACAGAGGGAUACACAGCUACUUCCUUGGUCAGUUUCCCAGCUCAGUCGUCCCGACACCCCCGGACAGUCCACGUUUUUGUGUCUGUCCCAGCGUGCCUGUGUCAGGCAUUCGGUGUUCCUGAUUGGCUGGGAGGGAGCAAAAAUGCGGACUGGGUUGGGAAACUCUGUCCAAGAGUGAGAUCCUGAAUCCAGGCAGGGCUUCUGUGUGGAACUCAGACUUGCACAGAUGUCUGCCAUGGACUCUGAGGGAAGCACCUCAGUCUGAGGAACCUUUUGUUGUAGUGCAAGUAAUUUAUUUUUAAUGAUUGUCAUUAAGAGCAGCUCAUAGAUGGGGGGGGGGGGGGGCAGUAAAACAGGAAGAACUGUAGUUUUAAAUUUAGUUUUGAUUUGCUAGAUGUCAACACACAUCCAGGUGACGUUUCUCUCCACAUUACCGCACCCUUAGCUCACACACAGGCAUCUGACGUGAAUCCCGUCCGGAGUUUAUUUUCAACACGCUGGCAGAUUGAGAUCCAAGCCGUGCGGAACCUCUGUAUUUAAGCUUUGAAUGUUUAUGCGGUGUAAAUGGCUCUCUUCAAAGAGGAUGCCUUGGUAGUGUUUGUGCGGUAUUAAUAGUGACAAUCUUGUUUAAGUGCUUUACAAUAAAGUUUUACUAAGUCUGUAUUAGGUACAAGGAAUUGGUGGUUAGCCUGUUUUUACAUGUUGAAAUGUAUAUUGAAGGAAAUAAAGGUGCUGUCUCCCCA